AUGUCCGGUCCGUCGAAGUUGGACGAGCCGUCCAAGCUUCUUUCCAAUGUUGACGUCUUCAUCUUCGAUUGCGAUGGAGUGAUUUGGCGAGGUGACUCGCUCAUCGACGGAGUCCCAUCUGUCUUAGACCAGCUUCGCCUCGCUGGUAAGAAAAUCUUUUUCGUUACGAACAAUUCAACCAAGAGUCGCGUGGGUUACAAGUCCAAAUUCACUUCUCUUGGUCUGGAUGUGCAGCCAGAGGAAAUUUUCUCCUCAUCCUUUGCCGCUGCUGCAUAUCUAGAACAGACCAAAUUCAAGGAUACUGGCAAGAAGGUCUACAUCAUUGGAGAGAAGGGAAUCAGUGAAGAGCUGGACGCAAUUGGCGUUUCAUGGCUGGGUGGAGAAGCAGACAAGGAGAAAAAAGCUGACAUGGGUCCCGGCGGCAGGGUGGAGAUCGACCACGAUGUGGGCGCAGUGGUGGUUGGCUUCGAUCGGCACAUCAACUACUACAAGUUGCAGUAUGCGCAGUUGUGCUUGAAUGAGCUGCCCGGCUGCGAGUUCAUCGCCACCAACUUGGACCGCGUAACUCACCUGACCGAUGCACAGGAGUGGGCUGGAAACGGGACGAUGGUCGGGGCAGUCUCUGGCUGCACCGGCCGCGAGCCCACCCUUGUGGGCAAACCUGCGCCGCUGAUGAUUGACUACAUCGCGACGAAGUACGGCAUCACGGAUCGCUCCCGUAUUUGCAUGGUCGGGGACAGGCUGGACACAGACAUCGCCUUCGGUCGCAACAACGGUCUCAAGACUUGCCUGACACUUUCUGGCGUGACCACCGAGGACGAGUUGAUGGAGCGUGCGCCGCGCAAGAAGGGCACGGAAGGGAUUCAGCCGGAGUUCUACGUGGAGACCAUCAACGACUUCAUUUCAGCCGCCAAGGACGCCUAA